UCCGUUGGAAGUACAUGAUUGUUGAUGAGGGUCACCGUAUGAAGAACCACCAUUGUAAGCUGACCCAGGUGUUGAAUACCCAUUAUGUGGCCCCACGGCGCCUCCUCCUGACGGGCACGCCACUGCAGAACAAGCUCCCUGAGCUCUGGGCCCUGCUCAACUUCCUGCUGCCGACCAUCUUCAAGUCCUGCAACACUUUCGAGCAGUGGUUCAAUGCCCCCUUUGCCAUGACCGAGAGGGUGGACUUGAAUGAGGAAGAGACAAUCCUGAUUAUCCGCCGUCUCCACAAGGUGCUCCGCCCUUUCCUGCUCAGACGACUCAAGAAGGAGGUGGAGUCACAGCUUCCAGAGAAGGUGGAGUAUGUCAUCAAGUGUGAUAUGUCGGCCAUCCAGAGGGUUCUGUACCGUCACAUGCAGGGCAGAGGAAUCCUCCUCACCGAUGGAUCGGAGAAAGACAAGAAGGGUAAAGGAGGAGCAAAGACCCUGAUGAACACCAUCAUGCAGCUGAAGAAGAUCUGCAACCACCCCUACAUGUUCCCACACAUUGAGGAGUCCUUUGCUGAGCACUUAGGCUUCCCGAACGGCGUUAUAAGCGGACACGAGCUGUACCGUGUCGGGAAGUUUGAGCUGCUGGACCGGAUCCUUCCCAAGCUGCAUGUCACCAACCACAGAGUUCUGCUGUUCUGUCAGAUGACAUCACUCAUGACCAUCAUGGAGGACUACUUUGCUUACCGCAAUUUCCUCUACUUGCGCCUCGACG